CACAUGAUAACGUCUUGUCUCAUGUGUUCUGUGAGCUCAUUUGCUAGUAGACGUUAUUGGGAUUAGACUGGAAUCCCAAUUUCAUGGAUGGGUGCGUGACCGUGAUGCUUAUUUUGUCCAUGUUCGCACCAAGUUUCCCUGGCCUCUUAUGGAGCAGCAUUUCUAAUAUUCACCUUAUGUCCAAUAAUUAUCAAGCAUCAACUUUAAGCUAGUCCAAAAGAGUGCGUGGCUAGGGAAGAAUGCCAAAGAGGUUAAAAGUCUUGUCAUGGCCCCAUACUCUCAUGGGGUGCCUGAGUGAUAUCAACUCAUUGGUGGAGAAAAAAGAUUUGGAGACGUCUUUUGUAUAAAUCUCACAUGAUCACUUGUGUUGGAUGGGAACACCAGCGUGCUCUCCACUAGCACAAUACUGCAGUUUCAGUUCCUAAAUGGACAGCCAAUGAGUGAUCUCUCACAAUAUUGUCUUUAAAUAUGGUGAUGCGCUUGAGCUGAAACUGAAACAUAACCAACAGAAGAUAGAGGAAGAGGCAUGGAGAAUUCAUGUGAGUUUGCAGGAAAAUAUUCGAAUGAUGUUACCCUUAAAGAACUGAGAGAUAGGCUUGCAGAGUUUGCUGAGGCUAGAGGAUGGGAUCAAUAUCACAGUCCUAGGAAUCUCCUUUUAGCCCUGCUUCCUAUAUGUGUGCAGGUGGGAGAGGUUGGAGAGCUCUCAGAGAUAUUCCAGUGGAAAGGAGAGGUUGCAAAAGGGCUGCCAAACUGGAGUUGUGAUGACAAGGAGCAUCUGGAGGAACAGCUUUCUGAUGUGUUGAUUUAUCUCAUUCGUCUUGCUGAUGUCUGUGACCUUGAUCUUGGCCAGGCUGCAUUAACAAAAAUUGUUAAAAAUGCUAGGAAAUAUCCAGUUCCUGCUCAUCAAACUACUUGAACUUCCCUUUUUCUUUUUUCUCCAUAUUUUUAUUGGAUGUUGUAUAUCCUAGGGCAAUUCUUGCCUAAUUCAGUCUAUCAUGGAUUUAAAAUAAAAGCAAAAUAAAAUAAAAUAUAUAUAUUUAUGUUUUGAA